AUGGAUUUUGAUAUGGAACAUGUAGAUAAUGAGUAUGACGAGGUAGAAGUUGAUGAUGAGCAAGAAUGUGCUGAAAUAGUCGAUGAACCUAAGGUCGGAAUGACAUUUUCAUCUGCAAAAGAAGUUUUGUCUUACUAUAUGAAAUAUGGCACAUCAAAGAGUAAGGCUGCUAAUGUUCUGAAGCCAAGAAAAACGGAGAAAAUAGGGUGUAUGGCCAGGAUUAAUGUGACGAUGAAUGAUGAAUGUGUAUAUACCCUGACUAAAGUAAACUUGGAGCACACACACAUUUGUAGUCCAGGAAAGGCAAGACAUUUCAAAUGUUUUAAGAAGGUUGAUGCUCGUGUAGCUAAAAGACUUGAAAUAAAUGACGAGGCAGGAAUACGAAUGUCAAAGAAUUUCAAGUCUCUAGUUGUUGAGGCGGGGGGUUACGAUAAACUAUCAUUUGGGGAGGAGUUUCGAAAUUAUAUUGACAAAGCAAGACAACUUCGUCUUGGGGUUGGAGGCGUUGAAGCUCUAUGUAACUACUUCCAAGAAAUGCAAAAAAAAAAAAAAAAUCCAGAUUUUUAUUUUUCCAUAGACGUGGACCAUGAUAUGAGAUUAAAGAAUGUGUUUUGGGCAGACGCCAGAAGUAGAGCUAUGUAUGAAUCAUUUGGAGAUGUGAUUACAUUUGACACAACAUACCUGACUAAUGCCUACAAGAUGCCCUUUGCACCGUUUGUGGGUGUGAAUCACCAUGGUCAGUCAAUCCUAUUCGGGUGCGGAUUGAUAUCUAAUGAGGAUGCACAUACCUUUGAGUGGUUGUUUAAGUCAUGGUUGAAGUGUAUGAAGGACCAACCACCAAGUGCAAUCAUCACAGACCAAGACAAGGCAAUGCAAAUUGCAAUUGCUAGAGUGUUUCCAGCGUCUAGGCAUCGCUUUUGCUUGUGGCACAUAAUGAAAAAACUUCCUGAGAAGUUUGGGUCACAUGCUCAAUAUGAUGAGAUUAAGAGUGCAUUACAGAAAUGCGUGUAUGACUCUUUAAGUGAGCAUGAAUUUGAAGAACGUUGGUUUGAUUUCCUCGACAUGUAUGAUUUGCAUGAGAAUGCAUGGUUGGGAUCACUAUAUAGUGACCGACAUUUUUGGGUGCCGGCCUACGUUAGAGACACAUUUUGGGCUGGAAUGUCAACUACACAACGGAGUGAAGGCAUGAAUGCAUUUUUCGAUGACUACGUUAACUCAAAGACCACUCUAAAGCAAUUUGUUGAUCAGUACGAUUCAACUCUUAGGAGGAAGGUGGAGAAUGAAGCCAUUGCCGAUUUCAAUUCAUUUAAUACUGUGAUUCCUUGCGUCAGUCACUAUCCUCUUGAGGAGCAGUUUCAAAAAGUAUACACAAUUGCCAAGUUCAAAGAAGUACAAGAUGAAUUUCGAGGAUUUCUAUAUUUGACUACCUCGUAUUUGGGAUGCAUGGAUGGAAGAUACACGUAUGUAGUAGCCGAUGAGGUUCGAGCUGAGAGCAGCUGUGUGAAAUUAAUCAGCCAAAUAGAGCAGUUGAAGCUAGAGUACCCUGGCACCAAUUCUCAGUGUGGUAGCGAACCAGUUGAUCCACAUACUUCCAUGGAGGGCAGGAAAAGUGCAGUUCUUAGUCCAUUGGUAGUUCGAAGUAAGGGAAGACCACCAUCAAGGAGAAAAGCCCACCCUGUUGAGAAGGUUCUUAAGAAAGUGAGUACAAAAAGGAGAUUGCAAUGUGACCCUGUUGAGGUUCUUGGAGAGCAGAGUAGUCAAAUAGCAGAUCAAUGCAAUGUGAGCGGCACACAAUAUGUAUCUCCUCAAACCCAGGAUAUAACAAAUCAAGUUUGGACACAUGCACCGGAAUUUUUUUCUACUCCUUUGACUGCUCCUCCUUCGCAAUAUACACACGGACAAGUAUACAUAACGGAUUAUUUAGGAAUUGGAGCGACUGCUGCUCAUUCUCAGAUAUAUACAACAGAUUAUUUGGGUAUUGGAGCGACUGCUCCUCUAGUGCAGGAUGAUUAUCAGGACAAGUAUAAAUGGUGGUGA